AUGUCAAAUAACUAUGAAGAUGGAGGAGUUUACUAUGAUCCAGACGAAAUCAUGUUCAAUAACGAUGAAGAUGGAGGACUUUACUUUGAUCCUGAAGACCAAGAACUCAUCAAAUAUCAUCUACUACCCAAGUUAGAAACGUAUCUACAACCCAAGUCGAAAGAUGAAGAGUGUGAAGACUUCAUCGUGAUGAAGAACGUUUACGAUAAGGAACCAUGGUUGCUGGACCAUACCAAUCAUCCUUUGUUCAGGAAGAACGAGUGGUUUUAUUUCGUGACAAGGACUCAAGUGUCAGUGAAGAACAUUGGUCGUGGUAGGAACUCAAAGCGGAGGAUCGCCGGGGACAACGAUGGUGGGAGUUGGAAGCCUAACGCUAAAAAAUAUAUUGAGGACGAAGAAGAAGAGAAGACCAUAAUAGGGAAAAAGCAAACUCUAAAGUUCACUAAAAGCGACAACAAUAAGAGGCAGAAGAGAGGAGACGGUACUUCUGCUGUUGUUCCUGGGAGCAAUAGUAGCUGGAUUAUGCACGAGUAUUCGCUACCGGACGAAAAUACGUUUCAAGAACUGGUCCUGUGCAAGAUUCGCAAGAUAAGCAAUUCUAAGGAUGAAGAAGUUGAAGCCGUGGAGGGGACACAUGACGCAGAAGAAGAUGGGACUGGAGAGCUCGUUGAAAGAUUCACAAGAACGGGAUUGGAUGAUCAACAAACAACGGAGAAAGAUGAUCAACAAGAGCCACCAAUGUACGCUCUUUCUCAAUCUAGUGAUCCUCCAGCUAGGCUUGGCGAUAAUUCUCUACCAAUAGAAGUGGAUGAUGAUGAAGAUGAAGAACACGUGAUGAACCAAGAGGUUGAUGAACAUCUUUUCAACUCCACCGAAAGCUUUUAG